AUGACUCUUGUGUGUCAUUCUCACCAAAGGAAUGUCCAAAAAGGAGGGCACCUUGUGAAAAAGAGGACAAGGAACUUUGGGAAAGGACGAGACCUGCCGCAAAAAGGGCAGACCACACCUUUGCAACUUGCUGGUACUACAGUUAAUCAAAUGAAGCAAGUUCCUUUGGGAAUGCAGCUCAUGCAGAUUCCAACUCAAGGUGGCUGCACUGUGACUGUCCCUUACUCAAUGAAUGCUAAUGGUGAAAUUGCGUUCAGCGGAAUGCAACUUGGCUACCAAGGAUUCAGUGGUGCUCAAGUGCGCCAAGGAUUCGAUGCAACUCAAGCUAAAGCUCCGCAGAUUGUGAAGACUGGCUAUUACAAUAUGUGA